AUGAUUGGAGCGAUGCCAGCGGUGGCCGUUCGCCACGAGCGUAGAAAGGGCCAAGAAAAAAGGUCGAAACGACCCAGCCAGCUCUUUAUUGGCGGGCACUGGUUGCCCCCGAACAGUCCUAGUCCCACCCCUAGCCCUGGAACUAACGAAGAUGGAACGGAGAGGAUGCCAGAAAUUUACAUUUGUGGAAAAGUGUCCGCUCUUCAACUCAUAGUUGGUUCUAUCCUGUUGGGCGCCAUAGUUCUUAUCGUUGGGUUGGUACAGUUGGUACCAAAUGCAGCAGAUGCUGAUCAUCGAUAUAUUUUUAUAGGUGCCGGGACCAUUUUGCUGAUCGUGGGCUUUCUCCUAACAGCAGUGAGAUGCUUUUGCAUGCACUGUAAACCUAGAGGUUCGAGGGUAGUGGUAGAGGACCCGCCCCCUCCCAUCGAUGCUGUUCAUAGUAUAGACGUGCUGGUACAGAGACGGGAUACUCAGAUCACAUCUCCAUCUGAGCUAGAUGCCUUAAUAGGUCAAGGAAACCACGGUAACGAAAAAGAACAACUGAACCACGAUACCUAA